GUAAAGCUUUCCUCGGCGAGAUGAGUAAAGUAAAGAGGAAUCACUUCACCUUACCCUGCUGUUCUUCCUCCACUGGAAUCACCACAACUCGCCCCCUCUCCCUCCGCUUGCUCGUCGCCUAGGUUCUCAAGCACUCGAUCGUCACCAAUGGCCGACAUUUUGCGUCCGCCGUCGCCGGAUCCUAAAGCAGAACAAGAUGCUUCCCGGGCUUGGAACAGUAUGGGUAACCCAGUCUCAUUAGAGGCUGAAGUAAAGUUGCUUGGUGAAAAGGUACAGGAUUUUGAUGGCAGAGAGUUGAAUCUUCACAAGUGUACCUACAAAGUUGGACCAAUUGAAUCAUGUCGAUUGGUCAAAAGAGGGAACAAAAGUGUUUCAACUUUGAUGAACAAUUUUGAAUUCCUCAGCAAUCUCCGGCAUCCCUCGGCUGUUCUAGUAGAGAAUUACUUCGACAAAGAGUCUCUAGUGAUCUCUAUGGUCCAUGGAUCUUUCCUCAAGUGGAUGAGCACGACAGAAACAAACAAGUUGUUCACGGCUGGAGGCACUAUGCUCCCACUACUAAGGGAUAUGAUCAUGCAAGUGCUAUUUGUUGUAUCUAGUGAUCUUGUUGACGUUGUCCAUACAGUGGGAGCCAACGAUAAGUAUAUUGUAGGAUUGGCAAUGAAAGACUUGUACAUCAAGACGCUUGCUGGUGGAACUCAUAGGAUACAGGUUCUUAUCCCCGAAGCAAGAGAUGCCACCCCUGCUCUUCUUGAGGAGUCUUGGAAGAAUGUCAGGCAGAUAGUUCAUCAGUGCUUUGUUCAGCAUAGGAUUGAACCAAAUGAAGUUACAAAAAGCUUCUGUGCCUUUAUUGGGAAAAGAACCCUUGAAUCUCUCAAAAACUAUCCUGAUCAAUGGGAUGGCUUCAUGAAAAGCACAUUCCUCAUGCAAAUAUCACUAUCCUGGCGUGUGUCUAAAAGCAUCAAUGAUUCAAAUUUGAAAUGGCCCAAGACAUCAGAUGGAAAACUUGAGCCGCUAGUGCAAUGGUUACUUGAUCAUGACAAAUCCAAGUACGACAAAGACUAUUCAAAUGACUAUGUCAGGCUAUGUAGAAACACCUACAAGCAUUUCGAUAAGCUGCCAAAAGAGAUUCAGGUAUACGCGAUAUAAAUCUCAUAUCUAAUUAAUAACAU